AACUAUUUUCCAAAAAUUCAUUGGUGCUAGUGAUCCUUUUCUACUUUUUUAACAGGAGUUGUAGAUUCUAAUUUUUUUAUGAUGGAUAAACACAUAAGUGGAAGCAGAUGGUAUUCCUUCAGCUUCAACAAGUCUUCUGAAUUUUCCAAACCUCAGGACAACAAGAGUCAUUACCAAGAAACUUUUAACUUCAACAAUAACAGCAGUAACCCUUCUGAUAUUUUUAAAUCUCAGAACAAAAGUCCAAGUCAAAGUAAUUACCAAGAGACAUUAACAGCCUUUGGAUUCACAAAGAAAGAUAGAGACUUAACAUCCCUUCCAGUUCCUUUUCCUGUCAACUCAUUUUCAAGUACUAUGAAUGAAAAAAUGGAAAUUGAUGAAAUUACUACUUCUAGAAAUAUGUCAGAACAAUCAAUUCUUGUGUCUACCAAAGAUUUAGACCUUUAUGUUACCUUGGAAGAAGUUUACAAGGGUGUUACAAAGAAAAUCAAGAUUAUUAAAAGAAACAAUAACUGUUAUGAAGAAAAGAUCUUAAUCAUAGAUAUUAAUCCAGGGAUGAAAAAUGGCACUUAGAUUAUUUUUUAACGUGAGGGCAAUAAGUUUCCUGGCAAAAAUCCUGAAGAUAUUAUCUUUUUAGUCAGAGAUAAACCUCAUCAGUAUUUUAAACGUGAUUGUGUUAACCUUCAGUACACAGCUAAAUUGACACUACGUGAUGACUUGUGUGGUACCCAAGUAGAAAUUCCUACCCUAACCAAUGAGAAAGUUACCUUAAAUUUAAGUAACGAUAUUGUAUGACCACAAAUGACGAAGUGUCUUCAAGGUUAUAGAUUACCCUACUCUAAAGAUUUUAAUAAGAAAGGGGACAUUAUCAUUAAUUUUGAUAUUCAGUUUCCUUCCAUUUUGAUUGAUAGUACAAAAAAAAUUCUCUCUAAAAUUCUUUAAGUAAUUUUUUUCUAAUAUAUAAAUUUUAAAAUAAAAUAAAAAAUAAAAAAACUUUGAAUUAAUCCCUAUAUUUCCUAAGAGUAUAAAUACUUUCUACUGGGUUAUUAGACACACCACAAAUAAGUUUGAAAAUCAGUAAGACCAGUGGGUUAAAAAUUGGCUUUUUAGCAUAGCUUUAUAACAAAAAAUAAUAUUAAUGGAUCAGAUGAUGAUCGAAGAUUAUUUCAAGUCAAUUUCUGGCAUUGAAGAAGAAAUGGGUCAUGCUCUCUGUCAUCAUUAGUAUUUUCUUGAACGUCGAACUUCUCCUUGUGAAAGGAAGUUUUGGAAAGACGGAGAAUUGGAAAGUUUUGAAGUGGAUAUGGAAAGAGUGGA